GUCAUUCAAGAAGUCCAAGCGAAGGACCUGCUGAGAAGACCAUUCGACUUCCUGUUGGUCAUCUGCCUCCUCCUGGCAACUGGAUUUAGCCUGUUUAGAGGCCUGAUUGCUCUGGAUUGCCCAGCUGAUUUCUGCCGAUUUUAUACCCAGUUUCAAGAGCCCUACCUGAAGGACCCUGCGGCUUAUCCCAAGAUCCAGAUGCUGGUGUACCUGUUCUAUUCUGUCCCUUACUUCGUGGUGGCGCUUUACGGACUGGUGGUGCCCGGGUGCUCCUGGAUGGCGGACGUCACCCUGAUUCACGCGGGAGGCCUCGCGCAGGCUCAGUUUUCUCACAUCGGUGCUUCUCUUCAUGCGAGAACUGCUUACAUCCACAGAGUCCCCGAGGAAGCGAAGAUCCUCUUUCUAGCGUUCAACAUAGCCUACGGAGCCCUUCCUCAGCUCCUGGCCUAUCGCUGCAUCUACAAGCCAGAGUUCUUCCUCAAAGCAAAGGCCGAGGAAAAGGUUGAAUGAAAACAUGACUUCCGGUGGCUCUUGUCGAGAUGGCGGGAUUUUGAUUCCCUGGUCCUGGGGUUUCGUCUCAUUCCACUCCCUUCCCCUACACCAACACUGUUCUGCACUGAGUAUGUGAGCUAUCUAUGGGACUGCGUGGGUCAAUUUCUUUUUCUUUCUUUCUUUUUUUUUUUUUUGAAGGAAAGCUGAAGUUGUU